GAUGAUGAUGAUGAUGAUGAUUGGCUAGAAGUGACCAAUAGAAUGCUGUGGUCAGCAGCAGUUUAAGCAGCGUUGCAGAAUGUUUGUAAAACUUCUUAUCUGGCUAUUUCUCGUUAUUAUUUUCUACCAUGACCCUGCUGACGCACAGAAGAAAAAAGAGACUCUGCUGUCAGAGAAGUUGACUCAGAUGAUGGAGUGGGCCUCCAAGCGUUCAGUUAUCAGGAUGAAUGGAGAUAAGUUUCGUCGCUUUGUCAAGGCUCCUCCCAGAAACUACUCGGUGGUCAUCAUGUUUACGGCACUGCAGCCACAGAGACAGUGUGGGGUCUGCAGACAAGCUGAUGAGGAGUUCCAGGUGCUGGCUAACUCUUGGCGUUAUUCCUCUGCCUUUACUAACAAAGUCUUCUUUGCAUCUGUCGAUUUUGAUGAAGGAUCAGAUGUCUUUCAGAUGCUUAGUAUGAAUUCUGCUCCGACAUUUCUCCACUUCCCAUCCAAAGGGAAACCUCGCAGGUCUGAUACCUAUGAGCUGCAGGUUAGAGGCUUUGCAGCUGAGCAGCUGGCUAGAUGGGUGGCAGAUAGAACUGAUGUACAGAUCCGUGUCAUUCGUCCUCCAAACUAUGCAGGGCCACUCCUGCUGGGCUUCCUCCUGGCUGUGAUUGGAGGACUGGCAUAUCUGCGAAGACACAAUUUGGAGUUUCUCUUUAACAAGAAUGUCUGGGCCUUCUCUGCACUGGUAACGACUGCCAACGCACACACACAUCUACCCACAACCACACACACAUACAGUACAUCCAUACACAUGGUGGUUAUUCUCCAUCAAGCUUUUAAAAUACAUACAUACAUACAUACAUACAUACAUACAUACAUACAUACAUACAUACAUACAUACAUACAUACAUACAUACAUACAUACAUACAUACAUACAUACUGCUCCGAGUUGAAUGUGUCCCAGCCAGUUAGGUAAUCCUAACUAAAUAAAUGCUUUAUGGCAUUUAGAAUCCUAACUAAUCCUCAGUGGAGAGCAUAGGAUGGAAUAUGAGGUUUAAGGAGAUCAGACAGGAAUAAACUGGCAUGCCCUGACAAAAAAACGUUACGUCUCUGGAUAAAACAAAGGCGUGAAGGAUCUCUGCAUCAACCAUGGACAAAGCCCUAAUUUUAGCUAUGUUUGCUAUUGUUGUUUGGGUAUUUAUUUAACGUGCUCAUCAAAAGUAAGGCUAGGAUCAAAUGGAAAACCAAACUUUGAGAAACCACCCAGCUGUCAAGAGGUAAUAUUAAUUGAUCACACUUGUGUAUUUAAAAUUAGUGCUCACAAAUGUUUCAUUUGUUUACAAAAGUAAACAACCAAAAGAUCUGUUAUUCCAACAAAAACAUUUAAGCAAUAUCAAACAGAACACAACAGAAAUGAGUGUGUCUCAUUCCAAAAUUUAAAGCAUAUUGAAUUAAAGCUGCAUGUGUUGGCUACUGGCGGAAUGCCAGAUGACGUUACCAUGCAUUUUCGUGACCAUCGGUCACUGCGCAGAGUGCAAGGCACUGGAGAUGACCAUGCAAAAGAUUACAAAUAAAAAUAUUACGGUGCAAAUCCACCAUCAUAA